AUGGAGACUGAACCUAUUGAAUCCUCAACUGAACCCAGUCUCGUACCUUCUCCAACUCCCACUCCAAUUCCAUCAUCUGUUCCUUCUCUCACUACAACAGACAUUCCCCGUCGUCCUCGUUCCACACCUAAAAAGACACCUUCAAAAUCUUCCUCACAGUCAACCUCCAAAUACCCCUCAAAAUCAUCCACCAAAGCCCAACCUAAACAUAAAUCCAAGGACAAAGCAGUCCAACAAUCCUCCCAUGUGCCAACUCCUUAUGGCACUUCUAAACAAAUAAAGGCUGUUGCAGCAAUGCAAACCGAUGCUAAGAGAGAUGCCUCUCAACAUAUGAAUCUUCUUCUCGAAGGCUUCAAUACCUCUCUAGAAGUCUAUAAGAACCUUCAUAGACUUCUCACUUACACGUUCCUCAAGACUGCACCCUGCUCUCAAGUCAAUGAACUUCAACUGAUUGAGACUGAUGACUCAUUUGCAUUUGAAGAAUCGAAGUUAUACAACAUCUUCAACUUCCCCAGAUUGUGGGAUGUUAUUUAUGGAUUUAACAAGUUUGCUCUGGACUAUCUUGAGUCACAAAGCUUUACCAGAGGUCCCCUGAUAACUGAUACUGAUGCUGGAACCUCGACAUCUAAAGCAGCCGAAGAAACAAUUGAUGCUGUUCUUUUGAUCCAAGACUCGUUUGAUCCUGUGUUUUCUGAUCAACAAAGUUCAGUUUUUGCUGCCACCAUCCAAGAAACCCCUGUUUCUGUGCCUGCUCCUCAGGACACUCCAGUUCCUUCCGCUCAAGAUCAACGGAUGAUUGAAUCCAUCAGUCAUCCAACUGAUGAUAUCACUACUGCUUCCCUAGCUCCGGAUCAGCCAACUUCCCGGACAACUGCCCCCAUCAGUUAUCCCACCGCUGACGAAUCGCAGCUGAUGGCUGUUGAUCAGCCUGAAGUCUCUACUGCUUCUCCUGUGUUGGAAAACCCAACCGUUGACACUGCAAAUCCAUCUACUCCGGAAGGAUUUGUAGAAGACGUAGCUGAUGAUCCUAUGAUGUCCUCUAUGCCGCAAGAAUCAUCUGAUGUCUCUUCUCAAGCAACAGACGUUCCCCAUACCUCCAGACCUGCUUUUGCUCCUUUAAUCCCUACUGAUAAUGUGCAGGUCAUUCACGCAGUUCCAGACUCCAAAGCUGCUCCUUCCUCUUCUUCAUCAAGGAGACAACCCAAGCAACCACACAUUCUUCCAGAGCUGCCUGUUGAGUUCAUUGAGAUCCCACGCAAGCCAAGGUUUAUGAGAUAUGACUCUGAUGAAGAGACUGAUGGAAGGAUCACUCACUGGAAAGGAAGAGAACCUAACAAAGUUACCUUCAAGAUUCCCGAAGGUGCAGAAAAUCCAAUCCAAGCUUUAUUGGAUGCCAUUUCCGAUCAACAAUUGGAAAUCGAAAAGCUCAAGCAUAAGAAAUAA